AUGCUCCUUCCAGGGACCUGUCUAGUCACAAAGGCUCCUGGCUCCAACAUGCAAACCCACAUACCUGCAGAGAGCACUUCUCUCCCACACCAGGAGAGGAGCUGUGCAUCAGUUCAUAGGAUCAAGCCCUUGGCUAACACUGGCUCCAGACUUUCUCAAGCUCCAAGGAUGGUUUCGAGGAGGGCUGUGGUGACUCUUCUGGUGGUGUAUGGGAUGGCCAUGCUGGCCGAGCAGACCGAAGGCUUCUUACCCAUUUUCACUCACAGCGACAUGCAGAGGAUGCAGGACAGAGAGAGAAAUAAAGGGCAGAAGAAGUCCCUGACCUUGCAGCAGCAAUCGGAAGAAGGAGACUUUACUGGGCCCUCCAACAUGGAGGGUGUCGGUGAGGGUGAGAUGAUCAAGCUGACCGCUCCUGUGGAAAUCAGAAUGCAGCUCAACUCUAGGCAGCUGGAAAAAUACCAAGGUGUCCUGGAGAAACUGCUAACUGAGAUGUUACUGGACACUGAAAACGCUAACUGAAUCAGAAGCGUAAGGCGGUGCCGCUUGCUAACCUAAAAGCCUACACAC